GAGCAUGCGCACAACUACAGAGGGAACCCUGCUUCUCCUGUCACAACGUUGAGGGGCAAACCGACUGCCGUGUGGACAAGGACUUGGAGAGAUUGCCUGAAGACGUAGAAUGUGAUUAUCAUGGAAGCUGGGCGAUUGAGUCCUUGGUAGAGUGGGCAGGGUACAGACACCCAAGGGAUCCAACCAGCUUCUAAUCAUGCAGGGAGAAGACAGAAAGAGAAGGAAACUGAGUCUGAAUUCCAAAGGCGCAUCGGAUGAAUAUUGUCUAAGAGAGAGACCAAGAGAAGAUGAGUCAAAGAUGAAGAAUAAAAUAUCCAGUUCACAAGUCAAUAGUAAGAAGAAGACAUGGUCAUGGGAUCAGUACCUGGAUGAGGAGAAGGCCGUAGCAGCCCCAGUGAGAGCUUUCACAGAGUAUCAGUCCUUCCCUAGUAACAAGAAUGGAUUUAAGGUGGGGAUGCGGCUGGAGGGCAUUGACCCGCUCCACCCCUCCAUGUUCUGUGUGUUAUCUGUGGCGGAGGUGAUUGGAUAUCGGCUGCGCCUCCACAUUGAUGGAUACUCUGAGUGCUAUGACUUCUGGGUAAAUGCAGAUUCUCCUGACAUAAGGCCCGCAGGCUGGUGCGAGAUGACAGGACGUAAACUCCACCCUCCGAAAGGUUUUAAAGAACAUGAGUUUAGCUGGGCGAAGUACCAAGAGGCUUGCAAUGCUCAAGCUGCACCAAAGAAUCUGUUUAAAACCCCAAAUAGUACGGUGACAACCUCAAAAUUUCAAGUGGGUAUGAAGCUGGAGGCUGUGGACCGGAAGAACCCCUGCCUGGUGUGUGUGGCGACUGUAGCCGACAUCGUAGACAAUCGCUUCCUGGUUCACUUCGACAACUGGGAUGACACGUACGACUACUGGUGUGAUGCCACUAGUCCACACAUUCACCCUGUGGGAUGGUGUCAGGACCAUGGGCGACCUCUUACAGCACCUCAGGGACACCCCAAUCCAGAAAAUUUUCUGUGGGACGAAUACUUAAAAGACACCGGCUCUACUGCUGUUCCAAGCCAGGCAUUUUGUAUGAGAGCGUCACACCGGUUCCAGGUGAACAUGAAGCUGGAGGCAGUGGACAGGCGGAACCCCAUGCUGAUACGGGUGGCUACCGUUGUGGACACUGAGGACUACCGGGUGAAGAUCCACUUUGAUGGCUGGCAUGACAAGUUUGAUUUCUGGGUGGACUCGGACCUACCAGACCUACACCCCUCCGGUUGGUGCGCCCGGACAGGUCACCCCCUGGAACCACCCCUACGACCCUCAGACCUCAAGAGCUCAGCGAACCAGGGAACGUGCCCAACUCCAGGGUGCAGGGGAGUGGGACACAUCAAAGGAGCCAGAUACACAGGACACCACAGUGCCUUCGGCUGUCCCUAUUCAGAGAUGAACAUGAAGAAAGAGGCGACUCUGCCAGAUCGACUUGGGGGCGAGAAACAGAUCACCUUUGUCCCGGUGCACUUUGUGCAGAAAACGAAGCGCCUCAGCCCCGGGGAUGAGGACGAAAAGCCCGAGGACUCUCACAUGGAAACAAGGGCCAUGUUGUCAGGGUAUGAGGGUGCAAGUCGUCUGAGGGGACGGUAUGCCUCGAACCCACGGCCCCCUGGAUAUGUGCUGGUGAAGAGGGAGCACCGGGAUGAACCUUUCACUCAGGGACAGAAGUCACUUUCUCCAGCUGGAAAAAGGGGCAGGCCACAGAGCAGGCUUUCUCAGUCAACAAAGUAUCUGAAAAUCAAAGAAGAGGAGGAGGAGAUUGAUCUGCACAGUGUGUUUAGAGCAGAGCACUGCGUGGACAGCAUGCAGCAGGCCCUCCACCAGUCUGUCUUCUUGUCCGCCAUGUCCGCGCACCCCAGCCGUGACCUGCCCCUCUGCUGGGAACAGCACUGCAAGCUGCUGCCCGGGGUGGAAGGGGUGCAGGCCAGCCGUGUGGCACACUGGACCGUCGAGGAGGUGGCCAGCUUCAUCCAUUCACUGCCAGGCUGUGAGGAACAAGCCAAGCAGUUCCAAGACGAGCAAAUAGAUGGAAAGGCCUUCUUACUCCUGACACAACGUGACAUUGUGAAAAUCAUGAGCGUUAAACUGGGUCCAGCUCUCAAGAUCUACAACUCCAUCCUGAUGUUCAAGCAUGCUGAAGAUAACCAACCAGCAAGCAGUGACGCCAAUACAUGAAGCCAAAUGAAUCCCCAACUCUUAUUUGUAUAUACAAAACAUACUUUAUACUGUGUCUAUUCAUUCCAAGAGCUUCAGUAUACAGAUACACUGAAGACCCUGCUCUGUUUUGGGCUAGUCACUUUUUCACUUGCACACAGCCACCAAACCAGAGGUUUGCCUUUAAAGCUCAAUACGUAGGUGCAAAUGUCAACUCUAAAACACAAUGAUCGUCUAUAUUGUUUAUAUACAUUUUACACACUAUAGAGCUGUGUGUUCUACAGAGGUCUACAGAACUGACAAUCACAUUGUGACAGUUUGGCUGUCAUCUGCUGGGUCGUCAAGGUGCUAUCUGUAUUCAAAUUACUGCAGUUAAAAACUAUACAGGGGUUAACUUCUGAUAUGAUCUUGUCUACUGACUUUAAACUUGGGGAUACCCAAUGUUGUGUUCUCUGAUUUAAUUUGAUUCUGUUUUGUAUAAAUACUAUAUUAUUUC